AUCUUUUACAGGGUUUCGAUAAGCAGCCAAAGAAAAAUUACAAAGGAAUUUCGAUAAUUUGGUUUGAGAAUUGUGCUGUAAAGAUGCCUCGUUAUGAUGAUCGUGUGGGAAAUAGCACUCGUCUCUAUGUGGGACACCUGUCUUCACGGACCCGUUCACGUGAUCUGGAGCGUGCAUUCAGUAAAUAUGGGAGGCAUUUGCCUGGCCUGAAGGUCAAUCUUGAGAGGGUGGCCUUGGUGGAUUUGAUGGAAAGUCUUGCCGGGUUUUAGGAGAAUUCGGUGAUUCUUUCUUUAAUGGACUUGGUGGAGUCUUGCCCGGUUUUAGGAGACUUUGGUGGUCUGUUCUAUAAUGUCUUUGCGUAUUUUUAUGGAAUUCCCAACAAUCUCAAACUGGUGUAUAGUUCGUCUUGAGGGGCAAGUGUUCAUGAACUUCCUGUGCUUAAGUAAGUAAUGAUGGCCUUACUGUUUCUGGCAACCAUUUCCGCAGAGUACGGGAUGUGGACAUGAAGCACGACUAUGCCUUCGUAGUAUGUAUCAUCUCUCUGUUUUCCCUUGAUGGUGUUAAUAUUUUCAUUAGUUCCCAUUUUGAUCCCUCAACCAUCCCCGCCAAAAUUUUUUUGUCUGCUACACAAUGUGUUUCAACAGGAAUUUAGUGAUCCUCGAGAUGCUGAUGAUGCAAGAUACUAUUUAGACGGCCGUGACAUUGAUGGACGCCGCAUAAUUGUGGAAUUUGCCAAGGGUGUGCCACGUGGACCAGGCGGUUCGCGUGAGUAUCUUGGCAAAGGACCCGCUCCUGGGUCAGGUCGCUGCUUCAACUGUGGUCUUGAAGGUCACUGGGCUCGAGAUUGCAAAGCUGGGGAUUGGAAGAACAAGUGUUAUCGAUGUGGAGAAAGAGGUCAUAUAGAAAGAAAAUGCCCAAAUAGUCCUAAAAAACUCAGUAGACGCAGCUACUCACGGUCGCCUGCUAGGUCAAAGUCACGCUCACGUUCGCGUUCACGUUCUCCUCGUCGAAGUUAUAGCAGAAGUCGCAGCUAUAGUCAAUCAAGAUCCCCGCCACCAAAGAGAGAACAAGUCGACCAGGUCAAGCGAUCAAGAAGCUACAGUAGGAGCCCCGAGCCAAGGAAGGAUAGUCCAAGCCCUCCACCCAAGACUAGGAAGCGCAGCCCAACACCUGAAGAGGGAAGCCCGAUGGAAGCAAAGAGCCCUUCUUCACCAAUGAGAGAAGAAGGUGCCUAUAGCCAAAGCCCCAGAGAGAGGAGCGUCAGUCCUUCAAGUACUAGAAGGGAUAGCCCAGCUCCUCGAAAGUAUGAUGAUGACAGCCCUGCUGAAGCUAAUGGUGGAAGUCGAAGUCCGAGUCCCAAGUACCAGAGGAACCAUGAAGAUGAUGAGGAUGAAGGUGAGUUUCGUAAUCAACGCUCUGGUAGAGAGAGCCAGUCACCUUGAAACUUGCUGGAACUUUUUAAAUUCGUUUUGUGAAGGCUGGACCUUGUGAGAACUAAUGAGAUGUGUACUUGAAAGUAUCAGACUUUGCAUCUAUAUUUUGGGAUUAUUAUAUGUUAGUGCAGUGCUUGGUAUUUGAUGAAUUACUAGACUAGCUAUUGAACUAUAAUAUGAAACAUGUUAAAACAAUGAAAGUACAGAGCCUCUGAUGAAUUUGCAGUGACUA